AUGGCGAUCAUCGGAGACGCGUUGCGUCAAGCGUUCAUGCCGAAGCAAGAAUACGAUACCCUCAGGGAAGAAGACAGAGCCUGGAUUAAGCUUCAACGCCCCGUACUCACCUCGAUCGUGGCUUUCCUUUCCUUCCUCAUCUUCACUUGCACAAUCAUCAGCUUGAAGAUCGUCUUUCCUUCUAACGUUCUGAAGAGACCGUUCUGCAGCGACGUAAAGGUUCAGCCUUUACCUAUUUACGGCAAGGCGCGUGACUCUGAUCUGUUCCCCGGUGCUUUUUACUUGACGGAUCAGGAGACUGUUGAUUUUUACUGGAUGGUUGUGUUUGUUCCGUCGGUGGUGGUGUUCCUUGUCUCGUCUCUUUAUCUUGUUGCUGGAAUAUUUGUGGCUUAUUACGUUCCUCACCGUCAUUGGUUUCUAAAAGUCGUUGAAAAUAACUACUGUGCUUCAAGAAGAGGUGGGGUUCGUUGCCUGUCAAUUCUGAAUGUUGUGUUCGCUAUCAUCUUUGGUCUCCUCGCUAUAUUUCUCGGUUCAACCCUCCUGACACUAGGAAGCAGCUGCUCUAUGCCAUUGUUUUGGUGCUACGAGAUAUCUUCAUGGGGUUUGGUAAUCUUGUAUGCUGGAACUGCUUCCUCACUUAGGAGAAGAGCCGCUUUAACUAUAGACGAAGGAGAGUUUGGGAACAGAAAUCAUCAUCAGGGCUUGGAGAUGCUUGAAGCCCAUCCUUUGGAAUUCACGCCAGACGUUGAAAGACGAGUGAACGAGGGGUUUAGAGCAUGGAUGGGUCCAUCUUUGUUAUCAUCUGAUGAAGAAGAAGAUGAACCCGAGGUUUACAACGAAGUUCCCAAUGUAACAGCUCAUACUCUCUCUAACAGGCAAAGAUCUUGA